UUUUAAUUUUAUUUUCUUUCUCAUUUUUUCCCCUUUUUAAUCUGAUUUUUCUUGUACAGCAAGAUAAUUAUACAAAUAUGUAUGUCUAUAUUGGAUUUACAUAUAUAAAUAUAUAUAUUUGCCAUCUAGAGGCAGGGAUGGAGGGAAGGGGUAAUUGGAACACAAGGUUUUGCAAGGGUCAAUGUUGAAAAGUUAUCCUUGCAUAUGUUUUGAAAAUAAAACACUUCAAUAACCAAAAAACUUCCAAUAAUCACUAUGAUGUAUGAUUCCCUUGGUUCUUGCCUUUGUGACCCAGAAGGACUGCUUGUUUCCGUGGAAACUAAAUGUACCAAAGUCAGGGAAUGACAUCCCAUCCACUCCACUCCAAGGAAGGUCUAACAUCACACGUCUUCCACCUCCUCUUAGACGCCUAGCACUUCCAAAGGCUCACCCACAGACUGCAUUCCCAACUAUAAGAUCUUUGGUAUAGAGCUAGAAAAGACUUUAGUAUCAAAGAGGAACAAUGGAAUUGUUGGCUUGCACCAGUCACCUCAUACCACCUCACUGCAUGGUGGAUAAUCCCACUAGAGAGGAUGUUUCAACCUAUUCCACCGUCUUUCCAUUCAACAUCCCUAUAGUUUUCCAAAUCAAAAUUCUAAUAUCUGGAGAUCCCCAAUCCCUAUAGUAGUUCCUCCUAUUAGAUUGCAAGUUCCUUGGGGGAAAAGAUUUAUUUUUUAUUUUUGUAUCCCCAGUGCUUUACACAGGAUAAGCACUAAAUACAUUUCUCUUUAUUCAUCCCCAGAUGUAAAAAAACAAAAAUGUUUAAAGCUUUUUAUUUUCUAUGUAUAUAUAUAUGGAUAAUUUUUGACAUUCACCCCUACAAAAUCCUAUAUUCUAUUUUUUUUCCUCCCUUCUCCCCACCCCUCCCCCAGUCAGCAAGCGAUCCUGGUGCAUUUCCUCUAUAUACAUUUCCACAAAUCUCAUGCUGCGCAAGAAAAAUCAGAUCAAAAAGGAAAAAAAUGAGAAAGAAAACAAAAUGCAAGCGAACAGCAACAAAAAGUGAGAAUGCCAUGUUGUGGUCCACACUCAGUCCCCACAGGCCUCUCUCUGGGUGCAAAUGGCUCUCUCCAUCACAUGAUCCUUGGAACGGGCCUGAAUCAUCUCAUUGUUGAAGAGUCACGGCCAUCAGAACUGAUCAUUGCAUAAUCUUGUUGUUGCCGUGUAUACUGUUCUCUGGUUCUAAAAAAGCAAACGCUCAUGGGAUCACAUGUUCAUGCAAAUGUACAACUAUGAAUUCAUUUCAUUCGUUGGAAUUGGAAUUCAUUCAUGGAAAUAUUUCAACUAUUUCAUGAUUUUACCCUAAAACUCCUUUCUUGGCCAAUGAGAAUUAGGGAAGAAAACACACAUUUAUUAAGCCCUUGCUCUGUGCCGGGCCCUGUGCUAAAUACUUAUUACAAAUAUCAUCUCAUUUAAUUUUCAUGACAACUACCGGAAACGAGCCAUUAUAAAUCCUCAUUUUACAAAUUAGGAAACUGAGGCAGAGAUCGGGACUGGCCAGGCUCACACAGCCGGUGAGUGUCUGACUCCAGGCCUGCUGCCCCCCAGCCCCCACGGCUUUCUCGGAGGAGGAGCAGGGAAGGAGGCGUGGUGGGGCUCCUUCAGGGCUGCAGCCCCAGCUCGGGCCCACGGCUGGAGGAGGGCCCCCAGGUUUGCGCAAGGGCCCCGGCCUGUGGUGUAACUGCUUCUGCUGCUUCCUCUUCUCCAGGGGUGGAGGCUGACCCGACAUCUCCCGCUGCCUCCGCCGGGCGACCCUCAGGGUCCGGCUCAUCUGGGCAAGGCCCGGGCUGGGCAGGAAGCCCUUUGCCACCAGAAGCAUGAGUGAUUCCGGCCCGCUGUACGCCACGCCCAGCAGAGAGCUCCCCUCCUCCUCACUGCAUUAUCUUUAUAGCAACCUGGGAGAGGGGCGAGCCCACUUGCUGCCCUCUAAACCCUGCCGCCCACGGACAUCCCGGCUGUCCUCUACCAGCCUCGCCCCCCCUCCCUUGCCCCAGAAGACCCUCUGCCGGACCCGCUCUCUUCCCACGAGCAAGACUCUUCACUCGUCCUAUGGCUACAGUUCCCUUCCUCGGAGGGAGCACCAGGCCGGCCCCGGCCAGGCCUCCUGGGACAGACUGAGGAAACCCUUGCUGGAGUCGCGGAGCCUGGAGGAGAUCCCCCGGGCGGGGGGGGCCCUCUCUGGGCCGGACCCUCGCCGGCUGACCUUCGCCACCCCUGACUGGGAGCUGGGCCAUUUCUUCCAGGACCUGGGCAGCCCCCAGGAGGUGUACAAGGUGCUGAGGGGCUGCCAGCUGGACGCCCUGCGCUGCAUCGAGAAGCAGCUUGGAGCCCGGCUGGCGGGGCCGUGGCCCGGUCGGGGGGGCCCGGGCCAGAGCUUCCGCCUGCUGGACAGCGAGCCCUGUGCGGAGAGUGGGGACGCCUGGUACUAUAAGGUGGUUCGGAUCACCGAAGACACCUGGCACCUCCUGGCUGCCAAGGUGCCCAAGCUGUGGUCCAGGACCCCAGAAGCCCUCCACGCCGAGCCCCCCGGGCUGGCCCUGCAGGCCACGCUCAAGCCGCAUUUUAAUGUGCAGAGUCUCUGUGGGCAGCUGCCCGCGGGGAGCCUGCCAGAGGCACCGUGGCAAGGGCCGGCGGCUCUGGUGGCCGAGGUGCCCACCCAGACUGUGGCCAAUUGGGUCAGCGCCAACGAGGAGCUGCAUGGGAGCCACCCAGGGUGGUACGAGCGCCGGGUCUGCCUCCUGCUGCUCCAGCUGUGUGGGGCCCUGAAGCAGCUGCACUCGGACAGUCUGGGUCACGGGGACCUGAGGCCCGAGAACCUGCUGCUGGCCGUGCCCCGGGGCCAGCCUCUAGGAGCCUUGCCCCAACUGCUCCUCACAAACUUUGCCAGGGCACGGUCGUUGGCGCCCCAGCUGCCAGCGCGGGAGGAUGAACUUCAGCUGGGCCUCCUCAUCUACGAGAUGCUGGGCCAAGGCCCUGCACUGGCCCAGGCCCGAGGGUCCUCCGCUCCCCCGCUGCCAGUCCGCUCGGCCUACUCCCUGGCCCUGGCGCGCCUGACCCCACGUUUGCUGCAGGCCGCGCCAGACCGCCGGCCCCCCGUGGCCCAGGUCCGAGUGGCCCUGCAGACCAUUCUGUGGGGGCCCGGGCCCAAGCUGCAGGCCCAAGGCCUCCCCCCGGGGCCCUGGCUGGACAUCCACCGGGCCCUGCUGCCCCUGGAGCUGGCCGAGCGGCUGGCGGGCAGCGGGGAGGCGGCCGGACUCGAGGACUGGCUCUGCUGCCAGUACAUGACGGAAGCCUCCCAAAGCACGGUGGGCCGGGCUCUGGAGCUCCUGUGGGGAGAGCGGCCUGCUGGGGAUUGAGUGCCCUUGGAGGCCUCAGGGAGGCCCCAGCUCUCGGCACCUCAGAAAACUUGCCUGCAUUACCGUCCUGCCAAGAACUCCAUUUUCUCAUCCCCUACUUUUCUGCCCUGUCCCUCCCUUCCUUCUCCCCCUCCCCAGUCAUGGCCUUUAUUAUUGGGAACAUGGACCACAGGCAUCCCUACACAAAUCCCCUGCCUCCAGAACUCACAGAGGGAGGGCCCCUUGUUUUUCCUCUAAAUGUAAAUAUUGAAUCAGAAUGUCGGGAGGGACCUGAAGUUCAGGGUUUUCAUUUCCCAGCUGAGUCGGAGAGAGGGGCAAUUACCUUCUAGGGAGUCACCUCGGAGAGCAAUACCAGCGUCAGGAUUAGAACCUGGUCUCCAGGCGGGAGUUUUUUCCCCUUGACAUCCCAUUUCCAGGACCUCAAGCAUCAAGUGAGAUUAUAUUUGUGAAGAUUUUUAUUGGAGAUGAUCAGGACCAUUUGUGCCCAACAUGACAUAAUAAUGUCAUAUGGAUCUUCUUCAGGAAUGAAGGACAACAACUAGCAAACCUUUUGGGAAGCACUUAGCGCAGAACCUGGCACACAGUAGGUGCUUUAUAAAUGCUUGCCCUGUACCUCCCUCCAUCCAGGCUGACUCCCAGAGUAAGAUACUGAUCAUCCAUUUGGAAUCUAACCUAGCUUUGGUUGAGACUAAAUUACUUUUGUAAUUUUUAAAUUACUUUCUGUAACUGCAUGUAGGACUGCAUGUCCCUUUGUACACUUUGUGUAUCCCAUAAACUCAGAUCAUGGGAGAGGGGGUGGCUAGGUAGUACAAUGGUUGGAGUCCUAGCCUUAGAAUCAGGAGGAUCUGAAUUCAAAUUCAGCCUCAAAUCCACUUACUAGGUAUGUGACCUCAGAUAAAUCAGUUAACCUUGUUUGCCUCAAUUCCUCAUAUGUAAAUUGAACUAGAGAAGGAAAGGGCAAUUCAAAUCCAGCCUCAAACACUUAAUACGUCUUAGCUGUGUGACCCUGGGCAAGUCACUUAACCCCAAUUGCCUCAGCAAAAAAAAAAAAAAAAAAGGAAAUGACAGACCACUCCAGUUUUUUUUAUCAAGAAAACCUCAAAUGGGAUCACAAAGAGUUGGAUGUGUACAAAAAAUGACUCGACAACAAAGAGACUACAAUGACAGAGUCAGACAUAACUGAAGCAACAAAACCAACUCCAGGGGUCCUCAAACUACGGCCUGCGGGCCAGAUGCAGCAGCUGAGGACGUUUAUCCCCCUCACCCAGGUCUGUGAAGUUUCUUUAUUUAAAGGCCCACAAAACAAAGUUUUGGUUUUUACUAUAGUCCGGACCUCCAAUGGUCUGAGGGACAGUGAACUGGCCCCCUAUUUAAAAAGUUUGAGGACCCCUGAACUAAACCAACAAAACAGGAGCUGGCUGUCGUUUAUGUUCUGAUGGCAUCAAUUUCAGAAUCCAGGGUUGCCUCCAUACCACAAGGAGGCAUUAGAGGAGAAAUAUAAGGGAUGUCAAGGGCAUAACGCUCCAGAAAAAUAGAUGGGCUGGUCAUGUAGUAAGGCUGAGGAGUGACAGAGGGACAACCAAAUGUUGCAUUAGUACAUCUAAGGUAGUAGGCCUGAUGUAAUGUAGAGGAGUUUACUUCAAAUAAAAAUGGAAGCUACCCAACUGCA